UGGGACGCACACGUGCAGGCCGAAUAAGCUUUUGGUAGAGGCUCAUAAGCUUUUAUCGGCCGCGGGUGAAAGGACGCAGUGAGUGGCGCGGAGUACUUUAUUUUUUUGUGGGUAAAAUAGGGUGAAGACAUGACUGAUAUUAAGGUGGAAGUUAUAGAGGGUGAAGAUGAGAUGUAUAUGAGUGAUCAGCCAUGUAACGUGGAGGAGAGCCCUACAGAUAUCAGCACAGAUGGACCCAGGAACAGAGAUACCCCAGAGAGAUGUCCCCGUCCUCUUUAUUCCCAGGACGGUACAGAGGAGAAUCACAGGACCCCACAGGAGGAUCAGAGUGAAAGCAUGACUGUUAUUAAGGUAGAAUCUGUAGAUGGAGAAGAAGAGACGUAUGUGAGGGGUGAUCAGCAGUGUAAGGAGGAGGAAAUCCCUACAGAUAUCAGCCCAGGAAUGGUUUCCAACGUGGACCGAACUUUUACAACUAGGUUCAUCGAUAUAUAUCGGGCCAGCGAUUGUCUGUGGCAGGUCAGCAGCAGGGACUAUUCCAACAAACAGAAGAGGGAUCAGGCCUACAAACAAUUGGUCCAGUACAGUAGAGCCAAGAAAAAUGGUGUUGAUCUAGCUUGGGUGAAGAAGAAGAUCGCGAAUUUGCGGACGGUGUUCGUGAAGGAACACGGCCGAGUGAUUGAGUCGAAACGUUCUGGAGCCGGGAUCGAUGAGGUCUACAAGCCGACACUAUGGUACUAUGAUCAGAUGAAGUUUCUUCUAGAGAGAAAGUCUCAGAGAAUGAGGCAAGAGGUGGAUGAGAUCAUUGAUCUGGAAUCUAACCCGGAGCUGGACGUGGACACUUCCACAACCACAGAGGCUGCAGAACUGGAGUGUACCGGAGAGCAGUCUGCAGCUACGUCUCUGCGAUCACCACCAUCCAAGCAGAGGCGAAAGACAUCCAGUUCUGCGGCCACCAGCUCAGAGCACUUUUUCAAACAUGCAGAGAAAAUGCUUAAUAGGCCACUGGACAACACCCGGCAAUUUGCCAAUAUGAUUGAGUCGCAGAUGCGCGAAAUGCCUGAAAGUAUUCGUCGUACUUUCAAACGCAUAAUUUUUGAUGCAUUGGGAAGGGCAGAGGAUAACGACCUUUCUGAUGACCUGGAUCUUAUGCCAAAUCCUAUGCGGCACGCGCGACAUGCCCCCCAGCCCCAGUAUCCAUACCACCAACCCUUUACUUAUCCGCCGGAAACGACUCCGCCCCAGCACCCAGUUUUUCCGUUGGGACCCACACUAACACCCACCCUGCCCACUCGUCCCACCAGCACUCUGUCCGGUGGAGUGUGCUCAGCAAUGCAGAGUACACAGGCCCCCGCACAGGACAAUGCUGACUUUUGAAAUUGUUAAAUUUGUUUUUUUACAUCUCGGUUUUUUAGGUUUCUUUUUGUUUGAUUUUUGAGAAAUUGUUCUGCCAUGUUUCCUCGACUCCCUCGUAUUUUUUUUUUUUUUUUUUUUUACCAAGGACUUUAUCUUAGUCGUAUUUAUCAUAGUUCGGUUUCUAGACAUCAUUUGUCCUAGACAUUUGAACGUUGAUAUCGGUCAUGUUUGCAUAGUCCUUGCAAUACAGACAAUCGUUGGCCUGAUGUUAUGUCGAUGAAUCCAGUUGUAACAUUUUUAUUUUAUUUUUUACAUUUGUUCAGUAAAUUAUUUAAACAAAAC